AUGAGUACGGCGGCCGCCCCGAAACUUACACAAGCCCCGGUGAGCGACGUGUACGAUCCUGAUGACGUAUUCCCCAGGGACAGCCCGCCUCUGGAGCCGCUCCGCCUUACGCUGCGACCAUCGCCAAGUCCGGCUCCCACGCUCUCCUCGUCUCCCGUCAGCCCCCCCCCCAGUCCCGGUAACAAGAAGGCUGGCCGUCGGAAAAGACCGAGGCCAAGCCAAGGCUAUGCCGUCCUGAUCGGCCAUCUUGACGGACACAGGCGCGAGACUGCGGCCUACGCCGAUAUUGAGCCCUUGACAUCCGAGACCGAGGACACAGAGGACGCUGCCCCGGAUCCUGUCUCGCCCACUGGCGCAUCUCCCAGCGGCCGCCCGGUUGGCGGGAACGGGGACCGUGAUCGGCUAGGCGGAACAAGCGGAGGACAGACGACGGCUCAUAGGAUGAAAUCAGGCUCACCUCCCGACGAGGACAUGGGUGCCUUCGAUCUGAAAUCUUUGGCGGCUGGCGCCCUCGCUGCGGUUACCGCGCCGCAGCCAGAGCCCAAUGCAGGACCAACACCACCCGUGACCGAGAAUGACGUUGUAAGCGGGAAACCGCAAGCAGCACCGACGCCUUCGAUGGCGAUACACACGAGGCGAGAAGAACACCCGAAGGGCGAGCGGGAUGCUCCGCCCGCGUUGCUUUCUCCUUACAGUCCCAACAGCAUCUACUCGCCCCGGGAACAAGGCGCUACGCCCCUAUCCGUGAAGACCGAUAUGAAGUCGCCGACUGCCAGCAUCCAUUCGAGCACCCAUAGUGAUGGUCUACCGCCGAUACAACUCAACUCGCCGAAAUAUGAAACCAACGGACAGACGCUGCCGUCCAUCAGAUCUCAGCUCGGAGAUAUCCCGCAACUCGGUAGCAGUCAUGCCGCAGGAAACGGGUUGAGGGGCCCACAUCACCCAUUUCCUGGUUCUCCCCCUGCUGCUCUGCCGCGUCUCCCGUCGCUGCACCCUCAGAUCGUGUCGCCGCCCAUGCCACCAGUCGAUCCAUAUCGGGAUCCGCUUUCUCCUGCUUAUCCGCUAGCUGCCCCAGCCCUGAGCCCCAGGUAUUACUACCCCUCAGCAAAUGGCCUGCGCCGGUCACACGACUAUACCAGCACCUCGCCGGAAGCCACGAGCUCGCACCAAGCCGGUUCUCCGCCUGUAGCAGGUCUAGACAGGGUGGGCAUCGAUGGUAUGACUAUCCAGACAAUUGGGGUUUACGUCUGCAAAGUCCCUGGUUGUACCGCGCCGCCAUUCCAGACGCAGUAUUUGCUCAACUCACACGCAAAUGUUCACUCGUCGGCGAGACCACAUUAUUGCCCAGUCCCAGGAUGUCCCCGUGGCGAGGGCGGCAAAGGUUUCAAGCGCAAGAACGAGAUGAUUCGGCACGGCCUUGUUCACGAAUCCCCAGGCUAUGUAUGCCCAUUCUGCCCUGACAGAGACCACAGGUAUCCCAGACCGGACAAUCUUCAAAGGCAUGUCCGAGUGCAUCACGAGGAUAAAGACAAGGACGAUCCUCAAUUACGCGAAGUCCUCGCACAACGACCCGACGGGCCGACCCGCGGACGCAGGCGAAGAGGC